AUGACAGAAAUCCUCUGCUACGACGACAGCUACCUUCGCGAGUUCGACGCCACUGUUAUCGAAACCGCUCCAAAGGGCGUUGUACUGGACCGCACGGCGUUCUACCCGGGCGGCGGCGGUCAACCUGCGGACAGCGGUGCGCUCAUCGCAGGCGAGGUGUCAUACACGGUCAAGCGCCUUUUGCGGCAGGACGGCAAACUGGUGCAUGAGAUUGACGGCGACCUGCCGCCCGUCGGCGCAAGCGUACAUGGCGCGUUAGAUUGGGAGCGCCGAUACCUGCUGAUGCGCACGCACACGGCGCUGCAUAUUCUCUGUGGCGUGGUAUGGCGCGACUAUGGCGCGCAGGUUACCGGGGGCAACAUGCAGCCCGGCAGCGCGCGCAUGGAUUUCGAGCUUGAGAACAUGUCAGCAGAUUUCGCCGAGCGCAUGGAGACGUUGGUGGAAUGA